CAACUCUUUGCAUGCCUAGAUUGACGCUAUUGGAAUGUCAAAGGCUGAUUCACUCUUGGACUUCUUAGCCUCGAAGUAAGCCAUGUCUCUUAUUUCGGUAACAAUCUAGCAGAUUUCAUCGCGACUGUCAAAAAGAUUGUCAGCAAGCCCCCAUAUAAUCAAGCAUUGUGCCUGUUGUAGCUUUUACGGGUAGGACGCAGUGAGUAUGGAAAGUGGACUGUAUCAUCAAUCUCUACACAUCGACUUGACACCAUGACCAAUAGCACCAAGCCCGCAAUUAAUGGUAUUUGCAAUGAGAACCAUCAAGAGCCAUGUCUGUAUGAGCCUAUUGCCAUCAUAGGCAUGGGCAUGAGACUCCCAGGACGCGUCUAUAACGCUACCGACUACUGGGACCUCCUCGUCAACGGCAGAAGCGGACGUUGCCGAGUUCCAAAGAGUCGUUAUAACAUCGACACCUGGUAUGGCAGUGGAAAAGCUGGCCACGUUCCCAGCGAGUUUGGCUAUUUUCUCGAUGACAUCAACCUGGCCCAUGUAGACCCUAGCUUCUGGUCUUUCACAAAACAGGAGGCCGAACUCAUGGACCCCCGGCAACGUCUAUUCCUCGAAGUUGCUUAUGAAGCCUUUGAGAACUCAGGUUCCACGAGAUGGAGAGGACACGAUGUUGGGGUCUACGUUGGAACCAUGGGAGAAGACUGGAGUCAGCUUGAGUCUCGCGACAGUCAAAGCCUCCAACAGGUUCGCCCUGAUGUGUAUGGAGACUAUAUCAUUGCCAACCGGGCUUCGUAUGAGUUUGAUCUUACAGGACCGAGCGUCGUUGUUCGAACUGCAUGUUCCGCAUCUCUUGUUGCACUGCAUCAGGCAUGCCAAGACCUCCACAGCGGAGACUGUUCAUCUGCCAUAGUUGGGGGUGUCAACCUCAUCCUCAGCCCCAAGGACACCAUUAUCAUGCAGCAAAACGGAGUACUGUCUCCGUCAGCAGCAUGCAAAAGCUUCGACGCCGAAGCCGAUGGAUUCGCACGUGGUGAAGGUGUAUCUGCCAUUUACAUCAAGAAGGUGUCGGAUGCUGUACGCGAUGGCGAUCCUAUCAGGGCAGUUAUUCGGUCAACAUGCACUGCAGGAAAUGGCAGAACCCCAGGACUAACGACGCCGAACCCUGAAAUACACGAAAGACUCAUGAGAAGGGGACACAAGAUGGCUGGGAUCACCGACUUAUCCAAAACCGCGAUGGUAGAGUGUCACGGAACUGGUACUUUUGUUGGGGAUCCCCUGGAAGUCAGUGCAGUGGCCAACAUCUGGGGUGAUCACGGUAUUUAUAUCGGCUCAGUCAAGCCAAACAUCGGUCACGGCGAAGGGGCUUCUGGGCUCUCCAGCGUGAUCAAGAUGGUUCUGGCAUUGGAGAACUCCAUCAUACCACCAAACAUCAACUUCAAAACUCCUAAUCCUCGAAUUCCAUGGAAGAGUGCCAAACUCAGAGUUCCCACAGAGCCUAUACCCUGGCCAACUGAUAAAGAUCAGCGGGUCUCAAUCAACAGCUUUGGUAUCGGUGGUUCGAACGCCCACGUGUUGCUGGAAUCUGCUUCUUGCUUCGGCCUAUCAACUUCCACCCUAACGAACGGCCUAAGCUCAGGAACUAACGUUCCGAAAUACCAACUCUUACCACUUUCUGCCACACAUCCUGAGUCAAUCAGUGCUAUGGGCCACAAGAUUCAGAGUUAUUUGAGUCAAAACCCUGCAAGCUUGGGCGAUGUCGCAAACUCGUUAGCAUCUCAUCGAGAGAUACACCCAUAUCGAGCUUUCUGUGUGACCAACGGUAGCAGUCCCUUUCAGGUUUCAUCAGUUGUCAAAGCAACAACGGCCCCGCCAGAUGUAGUCUGGGUCUUCACGGGUCAAGGAGCCCAAUGGGCUCAAAUGGGCAAAGAACUUCUAGAGCAAGAGGGGUUGUUCAAAGACAGGAUCGAUGUCAUGGACGGAGUUCUUGCAGGUCUUCCAGAUCCUCCACCAUGGACACUACGAGGAUUACUAUCUGCUCCAAAAGAAGAGAGUCUCCUCCAUGAGGCAGAAUUUUCGCAGCCAUGCUUGGUUGCGAUCCAAGUCGCGCUCGUCGACUUGCUUCGCUCAUGGGCCGUUGCACCAGCUGCGGUAGUGGGACAUUCUUCGGGCGAGACCGCUGCUGCUUAUGCGGCUGGUGCAAUUACAGCCGAAGAGGCUAUUUUGAUCGCCUAUCACCGCGGUCAGAUCACUCGUCUCAUCAAAGCUGCACACAAUGGCAGCAUGGCAGCCGUUGGUCUUGGCAGAAAACAGAUUGAGGGGCUUCUUCGCCCAGGUGUCAUCAUCGGCUGUGACAACUCUCCAUCAAAUGUGACUCUGUCAGGUGAGAGAGAUGUUCUGGGGGAGAUUCUCCUAGAGAUCAGCUCUAAGCACCCGGAUGUUCUCGCCCGGAAGCUCCGCGUUGAGUGCGGAUACCACUCUCAUCAUAUGAAGACUGCCGCCGCAGAUUUUACAUCCCGCCUGGAGGGACUGCUUCAAAACAAGGAACCGCGAAUCUCGUUCUAUUCAUCUGUGACAGGAGAGAAGAACACAGACAUGUCUCACACAUAUUGGGUCCGCAACGUCAUCUCGCCUGUUCUGUUCAAUGCAGCGGUACAAGGAGUCCUAGACGAUUUUGAAUGUCCAAUUUUCGUCGAGAUUGGCCCUCACUCCGCCCUUGCCGGGCCUAUCCGUCAAAUCCUGAACUUCAAAAACAUGCCUGCCCAAUACAUACCGACGCUGGUACGCAAUCAGAAUGCCGUUUCAGCCGUUCUGAAGACUGGAGGGGAGCUCUGGGUGGCUAGCAUCAAUAUUGACAUGGCUGCAGUCAACCCACCGGGACAGUUUCUAACAGAUCUUCCGACAUAUCCAUGGCACUACGAUGAGGAGUAUUGGCAAGAAAGCAGACUUUCUCGCAGUUGGCGCUUUAGAACUUUCGACCAUCACGAACUUCUUGGCUCUCGCGUCGAAGAGAUUUCGGACGCCUGCCCUGCUUGGAGGUGUAUUUUACGGCUUGAGGAUGUUCCAUGGCUGGAGGAACACGUCAUCCGGGACAACAUAACACUUCCUGCCUCUGGUUUCAUUUCUAUGAUAGGAGAGGCUCUGAGGCAGCUUCACGGGUCCGUGAUCUUUACACUGGAAGCUGUGUCCAUGGAAACAGCUUUGAUUCUCGAUGAAAAGCCAGUCGAGGUUGUGACGAUACUCAAUCCGUCAAAGUCAAAGACUUCGAGCAAGAAGAUCGUUUACGAUUUCUCGGUUUCUUCACUUGCAUAUGGGAGUGGAGUAUGGGUCAGCCAUGUCUUUGGCCAGUGCAAACCCGGCUCAGAUCGGAGGCAUGCUGUCCCUGACAUGCCUACCCUACCACGUCAAGCUUCAGCAGAUUCAUUCUACAACACUUGGAAAAGAUAUGGUCUGAACUACGGUCCCAACUUCAGGGGUCUGUUUAACGUCAGUUCACAUGUUAGCGAAGCCAAGGCUUUUGCAAUGCUCGAUAGCAAGCUCGCAGGCUACACCAAUUCGCCCUAUUUGAUUCAUCCAGUUACUCUCGACACAAGCAUGCAUGUGGCAAUGAUAUCCGAGGCUCGUGGCCUGGAGCGAAACUUCCAGGGACUAGUUGUUCCCACUUACAUCCAAGAGGUGUAUGUUGCUCGACCAACCGGACAGAUCAAUGUUGUCGCUAGUGCCGAUAAUGAGGCAGAAGUAAUUGCCAAGAGCAAUAUUGUUGGAGUUUCUGAUGGACAAGUCGUGAUCGAGAUCUCCGGCUUGGAAGUCACUCAACUCAAUGGGGUUAUUAGCGACCAAGGGGCAGAUGAUCCUCACGCUGGUGUCGUUUUGAAGUGGAUGCCAGACAUCAACUUCACGAAGCUGACUCAACUAUUUCGACGUCGGGAAAUGGAUGCCAGUUACAGCGUUUUGAAUGAGCUGGUCUUGGCCUGCAUCGUUGAUCUGAGAACUCAGCUUCAGUUCCUUCCUGCCACGCAACCUCACUUUGUGAACUACAAGAGUUGGCUUGAUGCGUCAUAUCGCAAGGCUAUGACUGGGCGGUACGCAGAUGUCCUCAACGCUUUCGAUAUCGCAACGAUGAAUCACAAGACGAGACUCGAGGCUAUCGGUAAAAUGACAGAGACUUGCAAGCGGACUCUCGCGUUGGACGCCUCUGUGUCGAUCUUCCGCGUGCAUACCUUUGGCGCAGACUGCUUCUCCGGAUUGCCCCAUGCGAUGAAGCCACUCGCACAGCAUAGCCAUUUCGAUGGAGCUAUCAACCUCAUAGCUGACGUGGACUUCACCGACUUUGUUCGACUUCUAGGACACCAGAACCCAGGCUUGAGAGUUCUACACAUAGGCGCGAGAGAAAGCGAUGACUUACUAUCGAAGUUGUUGUGUUCCGAUGACAUCAACUUUCCAUAUGGUAGCUACGUUUAUACCGGCGCUUCCUCAAAGCCGCCGAAGUCUUUGAGGAACCGUUUCGAGUCAGCACCAGCUGUAACCUACAAGCAGUUGGUGAUUGACAUAGAUCUAUCAUCGCAGGGCUUGUCGGAAGAAUCUUUCGACCUCAUAAUCUCCGAACCUACGCUAUCCUCUUUCUCAAACGUCUCCAUGAUCAACAUGCGAAGACUGCUCAGUCCGCGAGGUCAUCUGAUUCUUCAACAUGCUAACCCCGAAUCCAACCUUCUCAGGUUCGCAUACGGGCUAUCUACUAACUUCGAUUUCGGCAACGGCCCCUUUGGCAGUCCUGAUAUGUUGCUGAACCAACUAAGUCACGCUGGAUUCGACAAUGCCUCAACCUUUACCUUCGCAGGAGAGCAUGGUAGGGUCACUGUCGCCACACCGUUUGCCGACUUCUCAAAAAUGAGCAAGGCCAGCAUCAUCUGUCAAGACCCAAGUCAUCAUCUGGUUGUUGCAGCAACAAGAAACUUAGAAUCCCGCGGUAUUUGCCCACAGUUCUUUUCCCUUGGACAGGAGUUGCCCUAUGGUCAGGCCGUUGUGUGUUUGCUAGAUCUGGAAGGCCCCUUUCUUCAUGACAUGGAUAGCAUCCAGUGGGAAAACCUCAAAAGUUCUUUGUCUUCUGCGCAGGAUGAGAAGUUCCUUUGGAUCACCGCAGCUUCUCAAAUUCACUGCAAAGAUCCAAGGUACUCUUUGACACUGGGUGUGACCCGCAGUAUCCGGAGAGAAUUGUCGAUUGACCUGGUCACCCUUGAACUGGAAUCUUACGACACUAGCGGAUGGAAUGCCGUGGCCACUAUCUUCGAGUCUCUUGGCAACCGUAGCAGCACUGGCGGCACUAAGGCGGAUUCUGAAUAUGUUGUCUCUGGGGGGUUGAUUCAAAUAUGUCGGUUCCACUCUGUCAAAGUUUCCGACGAUCUACGAGAGCGAUGCGAGGGUGCACCCAAGGUUUUGAGGAUAAAGAAGCCCGGAAUUUUGCAAUCUUUAACAUGGGAAGAGUCAGAAGCCAUGACGCUGAGCGAUGAUCAUGUGGAAGUCUCAGUGAAAGCUGUUAGUCUGAACGCUGAGGACUCAAAAAUCUCAUCGGGUCACUUCAAAGACAGCAGCGGCGCUUGCACCAAAAUUGGCCUUGAAGGUAGUGGUGUUGUGACAGCUGUCGGGCUAAAGACCUGUCGAUUCCGAGUGGGUGAUCGUGUUGCGUUCAACCUCAGUAGCUCCUUGGCCACUACAAUCAUCGUCCCCGAGUCUCUUUGUGCAGACAUUCCACACGCGAUGACAUUUGAAGAGGCUGCUUCGUAUCCUUACUCUUACAGCACGGUGCUCUAUGGACUAAUGGAGCUUGGCAGGUUGAGGAAGGACCAGGUAGGCUCUUCUUGUCGAGAUAAGCACAUCAUUACUCAGGCAACUGCUGACUCUCUAGACUCUUCUGAUUCAUUCGACGCCAGGUGCUCUUGGUCUAGCUGCUAUCCAAGUCGCAAAAAUGGUCGGUGCAGAGAUCUUCUGCACAACCGAGAAUGCGACACAAGCCCGUUACCUGCAGAAGUUGUACGGUAUCCCGAGCAACCGUGUCUUAAGCUUCGGCAUCACCUCAUUUGUGCCUGAGAUCCUACACGAGACAAAUAGCCGGGGUGUGGAUGUCGUCUUCAGCACGCGUCCUGAAUCUAUGCAGGAGACCUGGGCAUGUCUCAAGCCGUUUGGUACGAUGGUACAAGUACGACAUGGCGGAGGUCAACUGGCGGGUACUUUGCAGAGUUACCGCAACCGAACUUUGGUGAACAUUGACCUUGAGGAAUUGAGAAUCCAUCAGCCCGAGGAGAGUACUCGGUAGGUCCUUGUUCCUUAGUCUUGAGAUCUUCCACAUCCAAAGUUCAACUCACUAACAGGAGAUAUUGCAGUCUUCUGGAGCAGGCAUUCUUGUUCCAUAAGUUUGGACUCAAUAAGCCCCCGCAACCCAUUACAGUCUUUCCAGCUUCUGACAUAUUGUCAGCUUUUAAGUACUUGGGAAGUGAAGGGCGGAUCGGUCAAGUUGUUAUCAAGAUGCCCGAAAGCAAAGCAGAGCUCCAAGCUCUUCCCUUACGACGAAGUAUGGCUCUCCGUUCGGAUAGAACCUAUGUCAUCGUCGGCGGUCUUGGAGGAUUGGGUCAAGCCACGGGAAGAUUUCUCAUCGAAAAGGGGGCUCGUCAUUUGAUAUUCUUUUCCAGAUCUGCCAAAGAUAUUGCCCACUCAGCAUAUUUCAAGGAGCUUGAGUUUCUAGGCUGCACGGUUCAAGCCGUUUCUGGUAGUGUCAACGAGAUGACGGAUGUGGUGAGGAUGGUUGACUCAGCAACUACUCCAAUUGCUGGUGUGUUACACGCUGCAAUGGUACUCCAGGUAUGUCCUAAUAUGUCUGGCAGAUUCUGAUUUCUGAACAAAUACUUAUUGCGUCCCAGGAUGUUCACUUCGCCGACAUGACUUUUGAGCAAUGGCAGACUACCGUCUCACCAAAAGUACAAGGAACUUGGAACCUACACUACGCUCUUCAAGCACAGAGAGAUCCUCUUGACUUCUUCUUUCUCUUCAGCUCCCUCUCAGGUUUGGGAGGACAGAUUGGACAGGCCAACUAUGCUGCUGGAAACGCAUUCCUCGAUGCAUUUGUUCAGUAUCGGCAUUCUCAGGGUCUAGCAUGUUCUGUACUCGAUAUCGGCAUCAUGGAAGACAUCGGUGUUCUUGCCAGGGAGACCAAUCGCCUCGAAGCUCUUCGCUCAACUUCUCAGCAUUGUCUUCAUGAACAGGACCUCCUUGAUGCUAUGGAGUUGAUGAUUAGCAGAUCUCAAGCGAAGAAGGGGACUCAUACGCAGCCCUUAUUGCAUUCAAUGGGAGGCUACUUAAACUCGAGUCAGCUUGCCAUCGGAAUGCGGUCUUCGUCCUCCAUAAACAGAACCGGUUGGCAGCAAGAUCCGCGCGCCGGAUUCUUAGCAAAGUCUGUGUCUGUAGACACUUCUAUCGAUCAGCACAAAUCAGAAAACACUCUGAAAGAUUAUCUUCAGAGAUGUGUGUUGGAUCCCUCGCAGCUGGAAUCUGACGAGGCGAAACACUUCCUGGCUGGGGAGAUUGGUGCAGCAUUGCGGGGCUUCAUGAUGCGACAAGAUGAGGAAGUCGACCUGACAAUGCCGCUGCAAACGGAUUCCUUGGUUACGGUUGAGCUUCGAAACUGGCUGAGACAAAAGGUUGGUGUGGUCCUCAAUAUUCUCGAGAUGAAGAGUGCAGCGAGUAUGAUCGCGCUGGGUGGCUUGGUUGCGAUGAGGCUUUCGGCCGUGUACAGAAAUCGUGUGCAAGAUGUGGGCAUCAGCUGAAGAACUGAGAUUUAUUCACUUUGAGGUUGGGCUGCUUCAGGAGCAUCUUUCAUGUCAGGCAUGGAAAAGAAAAGUUAUUCCGGAUUUUUUGGUUCUAUUUCAAUACACUCUGAUUCUAGGAUGAGAGCCUAUACCAGUUAUUCCAAAU